AGAUGGUUAUACGUUUGAUGGGUCUCAAGUGGCUGAGUGCCUUCCUACCUUAAAAUGGGACAACGACUUACGUUGCAUCAAGACAUUGCCGAAAUGCCCUGAACUUAUGACAGAAAAUGGAGAAGUGACCUACAUUGGAGGCAGAGAGAGAUACACUUUUGCACAUAUUACUUGCAAUGAAGGCUACAGCAUUGAUAAAGAUGGGGUUGAAACAGUUGAAUGUCUUCAAAGUCUUCAAUGGGAGAACAACUUAAAUUGCUACAAGCCUUGUGAUACUCCGACCAUAGAAAAUGGUAUACUUCGGAGUGACAUAUUCAACGUAAAGUAUUCAAAAGCAACCAUCAAAAGCGGACAAAGUGUGUCAGUAGCAUGUGAAGCCGGCUAUGCUCUUUAUGACAAUAAGAAGGAUGAUUUCCUAGAAGAAUCUACUUGGCCAAUAAAAUGUGAGCUUGGAAAAAGGACGUUCGUACCGUCUUGUAAGAAAGGUGCAUAUGGAUAUAUCUGUAGCUUUAACAGCGACUGCCACCACGGCUUAGUCUGCUUCCAUGGAAAAUGCCGCUGCGACAAAUCUUACACUUAUGAUUUGAAAGCACGCACCUGCAAGAAGAUAUGCCGCGGCACAAAUGACGGGUUUUAUAUGCAUGGGACAUCUGAUGCCCAUUACGAUAGCUACAAAGACCGAUAUACAAACUGCUCAUACGUCCACGGAAAUCUCGAGUUAACCUAUCUGAAAGGACCGUACGACCUUGGAUUUCUUUCAGACAUUGAAGAAAUAUCCGGAUAUGUGUUCAUUGUCAACGUUUACUCAUAUUACCUAAAUCUUACGAAGUUACGGAUAGUACGGGGCACUGAAUUAUUUCACUAUAGAGGGGAGGACUUUAGUUUGUUUGUAGCAAACAAUUAUGACCCAUUCAACGAUACACAUGGCCUUCUAGAACUGCAGUUGAUCAGUUUGACUGAGAUCAGUCGGGGAAAGGUUCUCUUCCUAUAUAACAACUUGCUGUGUUUUGAAAAUACAAUCCGCUGGGACGAUAUUAAUUCAUUGACGAGAACAUCUGUUAACGCUGCCUUCAUUUCCAAACUCAAGCGGCGUUGCCCCGACUGUUCGGAGGAGUGCUAUAACAGGCAGACAGGAGACAGUCAUUGCUGGGGAAGUGCACCAGGAAUGUGUCAAAAACUGAACUUCAUAUCGGCGGUCUGUGACAGUUCAUGCGAUGGGAGAUGUUUUGGUAAAGAGCAGGAUGAAUGUUGUCAUCCUGAAUGCGCAGGAGGUUGUGUAGGACCCGGAAGGGAGCAAUGUCUAGCGUGUAAGAAUUUCUACUUCGAGGGUUCCUGCCAUCCUUACUGUCCAAGGAUGAAAAUGUUUGACCCAUCUACACAUCAAGUUGUCAAUAACCCGGAUGGACGUUACGCCUUCGGUUCCCUUUGCGUAAAAGAUUGCCCACCUUACCUUGUGAAAGAAAAUGAUGCAUGUGUGAUCGAGUGCCCAGCAUACAAGUCAGCGAACCCUAACACCAGCAUAUGCCAACCUUGUUUCGAAAAUUGUCCUGAAAAACCAUGUCGGUUGAACCAUGAAAAGGGUCGUCAUUUUUUACAAUUCGGAAAUGUUCUGGUCAAAGAGGCUCCGCAUGGAACGAUUGUGACUGUCUUCUGCGAAAACGGCUUUGACAAAGACGAAAGCAAUGACGCUUCUUACUCAGAUAUCCAAUGCUUGAGGGGACAGUUUGAAAAAAUGUAUCAUUGCUUCGAGAGAUGCGAAAUCCCACAAAUAGAACAUUCGGAGGUUUCGAAACUCAAUAAUCAAUCUAGAAGCGCAUUAAAACAUGGCGAAACGAUAAAAGUAACUUGCCAAAAAGGAUUCAUUCUUUCCAAUCCACAUGCAUACGGCCGGUACGAUGGAACUCACAACGGCUCGGAACUAACAUUGACUUGCACAAAUGGCACGUUGAUUGGCAUGGAGGGUAUAAUGUGUUUACGACAAUACCAACUAGAAAACCGCAGUCACAAAGGUAAGCUUAACUGCACCGCACCUCAUUCGGAUGACGUUCAAUUGUAUAGCCUAUCUAGUGAGAAACUGGCGGCAGGAACGGUGAUAAAUCACGGAAAAGCAAUUAUUGCGGAAAUGACGUGUGAAAAUGGAGACGAAGAGUUGGACAACCAUAUUGAGAAUUUUCAGCCAAACGAAGAUGGCAACCCUUCUCAAACAAAAGUUCAUGUGCAGCUGACAUGCACAAACGGUGUUAUUCCUGACUAUGAUACACUUUCUUGUUCGGCAGGGACAACCGACCCACAAGUUAUAAAUCCUAAUGAGUGCAAGAUUCUGCCAAAUGGCACGGUCACAGAUAGUGGUCAAUCAUUUGAGUGCAACCAUGGUUACGCAUACGCUGACAGACUUUUGUACGAGAGAUACAGUUGUUCUUGUAACAGAGAGAUUCCUGCCUUGGUGUGCAGUGGAAAGCAGGCCCAGUGCAAACCAAUUAACUGUAAAUUAAACGGUUCGAUUGAGCACGGGUUGACUGUAAUGUAUAAAGGAUUGAUAAUCAGUGCCACUGCAAUAGAAGCGAUAGAUCAUGGAGAAUCAGCCGUAUUUAACUGUGAAAGUGGCGGAAACGGUGAAACAUACGAACCAAAAUUGCGGAUCUUUAAAUGCGACAUUGGCAACUGGGUAGUAGAAAACGGGAUAGGCGAAUCAUGGUCGCUAGGUAACAAUGGAUCGUUUCCUGAAUGUCGACCAGCAAAGUGUGAGUGUCAGAAUGGAGGAACAUGUAUUCGAGAUGAGACGUGUAAAUGUUCAUCAUUCUCAACCGGACAGCAGUGUGAAACACCACUUUGUCCCAUUGGAUGUCAAAAUGGUGGGACAUGUACGUUUCCAAACACGUGUAGCUGUCCGGAAAGAUUUUCUGGCACUCGUUGCCAAACAGAGACAUUGAAACCAUGGAAACCUGACAACAGUUAUUAUUUGGGAAACAAAGACGAAGAUCUUGAACAUCAUGAAACUUACAAAUUCCGCUGUAACUCGAACUUUGAACUGAAGCAAAAUGGCCGUUACCUUAGUGAAAACAAAUAUAACACGCGUAAAGUUGAGGUGGAGAAUUUAAAUGGAGGGUUGAAAUACGACGGUAAAAAGGAUGCAAACACGCUGUCGUGUGUUGAAAAAAGGUGUUUUCAAAUGGAUCAAUCGAAAUAUCCCAACGUGAUCAUUCAACCGAAGACAAAAUAUGUAGAGCAUGGACAGUCUUACCAUUUAUCUUGCGAGAACGGCUAUGAACACAGUCUGGAAAGCGACCCAGAUUGGACGUGCAGCUUUGGUAAACUUAAUGGGAUAUUUCCUCACUGCACAGAAAAGCCUUGUGAUACUCCUGCCGUAAAAAAUGGUGUACUGCGAAAUUUUCAUAAAAAGUACUCCAAACCAACCAUUGUGAGCGGCGACAUUGUGUUUCUACAAUGCAGUCAAGGAUUCUUUCUGUAUGAUAACAGCAAAAACGAGUUCAUGGAGGAACAUGUAUUUCGCAUCAAAUGUUACCGCGGGAACAUAACAUCCAUACCAUCGUGUAAAAAAGCGUCACGUUGUGAGCUUCCAAACGAUCCAUACGCAUCAUAUUAUGUCAACGGUGAAAUAUAUAGAGGAAACAACACAAUCUCACACAAAGACAAGGUGGACCGUGUCGAGUGUGAAAGUGGUACUAGUUUAACAAAGCCAUUAAAUGGCAAAAACAGAUGCUGGGAUGGCAACUGGAAAUUAGGAGCGGAAUUACCAGUUUGUGAACCAGAUCCAUGUGGUUUAAAUGAGGAAAAUGGUCGACAUUUUAUUAGCAUAAAUGGAAAGGAAGUAGAAAGCGAAGUCGCGCAUGGAAAUAAAGUGAACGUCGUUUGUGAUGAUGGAGAUUACGAUAUAGUCGGAAACGAUGAGGAUUCUAAUUCAGAAAUACAUUGUCUGAAAGGGAAGUUUGAUCAAAUGUACCAUUGCGUCGAGAGAUGUACAAUCCCAGAUAUAUCAAAUGCGACCACCACACGCUCAAAUGGCACGCAUACAGAUAAGCUGAAGCACGGAGAAAACGUGUCAGUUUCAUGCGAAGAAGAAUUCAUUUUGUAUGAUAACAAGAAGUUCAUUGAGGAAGGUUCCUUUACUAUGACAUGUGAAUCCGGAAUCGUAGUGUCCAUACUAUCAUGUAUAAAAGCGUUGAACUGUUCGCUUCCACGUGAUCCAUAUGCCUUAUAUUAUGUCAACGGAGAAAAGCAUAUCGGAGCCACAAUAUUACAUGAAAGCAAGGUCCAUGUCGAAUGUGAAAACGGUACUAGUUUAAUAGUGUCCUCGGACGACGUCAGAACAUGCAGGAAUGGUGACUGGAAAUCAAGAGAACCAUUCCCAGUCUGUGUACAAGGAUGUGCCAUCCCAGAUAUACCAAAUGCGAACAUCACACGAACAAAUGGCAAACAUACAGAUAAGCUGAAGCACGGAGAAAACAUCACGGUUACUUGCCAUGAAGGAUACAGUGUCCAAAACAGUGAGGUUGAUGACUAUUAUUUAUAUCUUGACUACCUUGAUGAUGAUAGCAAUGACGCACACUUCAAUCUGACAUGCAAAAACGGUACGAUAGGAAACAAAAAAUGUGAACUAUCACAAGACAGUAAAGAUCAACAAGAAAACAUGGAUCCUAAGAAGAAACCAAGCGUGCUUAACUGCACCAUACCUGAGACCACCGAUGUACACUUUGUGACACUUUCCGGCGAGAAAUUAAAAGAGGGGACGAAGAUACCUAAUGGCAAACAGUCUAGAGCGGAGAGGAAUGUAAGGAUUACUACGAAGGUUACUACCUUAAUUACGAUGACGAUGAUGGAGAAUAUAUUAGUCCGCCAACAAGACUUAUUCAUAAGAUAGUUAAUUGUACAGAUGGUGUGCUCUCAGAUUAUACCCUGGUUUGUGACGAUGUGGACACUUCCGAUACUGCCGUUACAAAGGAGGGAUGCACGACUGUACAAAAUGGCAUUGUCACAGAUAACGGCCAAUCAGUUGAGUGCAACGAGGGUUACGUCAAUGCUCACAGUCUCUUGUACGAGAGAUACAGUUGUUCAUGUCACAGAGACAUCCCUGCCUUGGUGUGCAAUGGAAGGAAAGCCAAGUGCAAUGCAGUUAACUGUACAUUAGACAGUUAUAUUAAGCAAGGGAUGACUCUUAAAUACAGAGGAAGGUUUGUCACUGCUUCAUCAAUGGAAGCGAUUGCUCAUGGAAAAUUCGUGGACUUUAACUGUGAAAUUGGAGCGAACAACAUAAAAUACGAGCCAAGAAAUCGGAGGUUUAGAUGUGACCGGGGAAAAUGGUUAGAAGCUAACAGAAGAGGUGAUUCAUGGUCGUUAGGCAACAAUGGAACGUUUCCCAAAUGUCGACCAGCAAAGUGUGAGUGUCAGAACGGAGGAACAUGUAUUCGAGAUAAGCAUUGUGAAUGUCCACCACACUCUACUGGAGAGCAGUGUGAAACACCUCUUUGUCCCGGUGGAUGUCAAAACGGUGGGACAUGUACCUCCCCAAAUAGGUGUAGC